AUGAUCACCAUGAUGGGUUCCUCUAAUGCUCCUGUAGCCAUGUUCUUCAUCUCCAUGCUCCUCAUGGUAAUCUCCUUGCCACCAAUCUACGCUUGUGUCCCUUGCUCUCAACCUCACCCGCCUUCUUACGGUCCACCUUCUCGUUAUCCCCCAACCCGACCCCAUCCUCCCACCACUCGCCCCCCAUACCACGGUGGUGGUGGUGGUGGAGGAGGAGGCGGAGGUGGUGGUGGAGGUGGCGGCGGCGGCCAUCACGGUGGAGGUGGUGGCAGCGGUGGAGGCAAAGGUGGCCACGGUAAAGGCAAAGGUGGUGGCAGCGGUGGAGGCAAAGGGCCGGGCCACGGUAAAGGCAAAGGAGGAGGUGGCGGCGGCGGCGGCGGGAAAGGCCAUAAUAACCCACCAUCAAAGGGCCCAAAUAUGCCACCGAUCGUCCUACCGCCGAUCAUAGUCAACCCUCCUCCGAUCACAAACCCUCCAGUGAUCCUACCUCCUCCCAUCACAAACCCUCCGGUGGUCCUACCACCUCCGGUCGUCACACCUUCUCCACCUUGCUCGAGUUGCUACCCCGGCGGCGGUGGUGGUGGUGGAGGAGGAGGCGGCGGUGGAGGAGGUGGAGGUGGGGUGCCUAGUACUCCCCCAGCCGCGCAGCCGACGUGUCCGAUCAACGCGCUGAAGCUGGGCGCGUGCGUGGACCUGUUGGGAGGGCUGGUGCAUGUAGGGUUAGGGGACCCGAUUCAGAAUGUUUGCUGCCCGAUAUUGGGAGGGCUGGUGGAGCUGGAAGCGGCGGUUUGUUUGUGCGCUUCCAUUAGGCUCAAGCUUCUCAACAUAAACAUCAUCAUUCCUUUGGCGCUUCAGGUGCUCAUCACUUGCGGCAAGACUCCGCCUGCAGGAUUCGUCUGCCCUCCGCUUUAG